AUGGCUUUCUUGCCCCUUGUUCUGGGUCCCAGGCUCAUCGAGCUGGAGCUUGAGGAUCUUCCUGCGAAAUACCUGCACUCGCUUAUUACUAUCAGCCGUGUAUGCCCCUCCCUUCAGAGUCUCCUUGCAACUGCGCAGUCCGACGGAGAAUGCGAUACUAUCCUGCCCACCAUCCUCUCCGACGCCGUGUCUCUAGGUUUUCAUCGACUUAAGACCCUUCAUCUCCUAACCCCGAGCUUUGUCCAUGACCCAUCCAGACACCUCGUUGCCCUUUCUCGUAUGCAAUCACUGGAAGAACUUGGUCUAUUCAUCCUCCCAAUCUCAUCUGAGAAUCUCGUCGCUGUCCCUAGUCAAACUUCGAUCCCCUUCCCCUCCCUUAGAUCCCUCUUUCUCGAAGCUGGUGGCCCAAGAGAGGUUACUCGCACCAUGAGCUGCCUAUGCGACCUCGAGAAUAUGACUGUUCUCACCGCUAACAUGGACCCUGACAUCGAGAAUAGUGACGAUGUCUCCGACUUGAUUCGAGUACUCGCAGGAGUUUUGCCCCAAAAUAUGCGCAGUAUUGAUAUCAGGCAUUACAGUACCGAAGGACCUGGACCCUUUUGCAUGAGCAUCAUCGGCUUCCAGCGACUAUAUCGAUUCAAGGCUCUACGAGAAUUACGGUUUGACCUAGUUUCCUUUCCUCAGAUGGAAGACGCUGCCAUCGAGGAACUGGCACAUGCUUUUCCUCAUCUUGAACAGCUGUCACUCUGUCCCAAAGCUCCCUAUUUCCGCCCCAGCAACGUUACAUUUGCAGGUUUAUCUACUCUUAUUCACAAUUGUCCCCAGCUUCGCUCAGUAGCGAUGAUCGUUGAUUGUACGGUCGCUGCUAACGUUACGUCCAGCUCGUCCCCUCCGCCUGCACCCGAGAAUCACGUAGAUAGGCUUGACCUCGGGGACUCACCGAUCGAUGACCCCGAGUUUACCGCACAGCACCUCUCGCGCAUGUUUCCUCGCCUUUCUACUAUCGUGGUCCAAGCGAGAUUCACUAUUGACUUUGGGCUCGUCAUGUUAUUCGAACUCCGUUCCGGCCGCAGGCGGUUGGACGCGGAUUGGGCGCGUCACUCAGUACUCAGCUCUGAGCUCACCUUGCAAAACAACCACAACUUCCUCAUCACGUUCAUCGGGCCAUGCAUCGAUAUCGACCAGGAGGUCUCUGAGCCAACCCUCGCUGCCCUCGCAACUACAUGCAAGGUUUUCACGGAGCCAGCACUCGACGAGCUCUACAAUGACGUGCUCCUCUCAAAUAUACUAAGAUGUCUUCCAGAUGACCUCUUAGACAUCGAUGAAGAUGAAGAUGAAGAGAAGGAUAUUAUAGUGAGCGCUGAGCACUGA